AAAGGAGAAAAUGGCAUCCACAGUGGCGAUCCUCGCCGCCCACGCGGAACGCGAGGCCGACCGCUGCACGAGCGAGGAGGAGGAGAACCGUGGGGCCGAGGCGCCGUCGGAGGAGGAGGGCGUUCAACAGCAGGCGACGGGCCCCGCGGCAGCCGUAGGCCACAACCGGCUGUCCAAGCUGCCGCUCACCCGCAUCAAGGCCUUGAUGAAGACCGACCCAGACGUGUCCCUCGCCAGCCAGGAGUCUGUCUUCAUCAUCGCCAAAGCCACGGAGUUGUUUGUCGAGAUGAUCGCCAAAGACGCCUUGGUAUAUGUGCAGCAAGGCAAGAGAAAAACAUUGCAAAGAAAAGACCUGGACAACGCAAUUGAGGCCAUAGAUGAAUUUGCAUUUCUGGAAGCGCUUCCUGUCCUCCUUGCGGUGCCAUCUUUGCCGGCAGUCACCUGUGACAAGGAAAGCGUGGCGGUGGCUGCGAGCCUCGGUGUCCAACAUAUCAAUAGAAAGCAUGAGCAUGGAUUCAGGUUCAAGCUGUAGGAGGUCCAGAGCAGCAAGUAUCAAUAGGUAUCAGGAGGUUGCCACAUAGAUGUGAAUGUGAAGCUGGUGCAGACCAAAUGUCACUUCACCAACCCCAAACCUGAUGACCAAUGUGAGCUGUGGCGACGGGAUGAACGGGGUGCAGUGGCCACAUGCAGCAUUGAAUUUUGGGUGAUGUGGGGUGUGGCCAAAGUCACCAGACAUGACUGCACCACCAGACCAGACCUUUCCAAUGAGGAGCUGGUGACAAUUUGUCUGUUGUUGCCUCUGGAUGACGUGACAGUUGUGAAGGCAGUGCAUGAUGCUGUGGUCAAGUUCAACCGGGAGCGCAAACACGAGAACUACUUCACCCUGAUAGAAGUGGCUCACGUGACAAUGGGGUCCGUUGCAACCAUCGGCACGAUUACCUCGCUCAUGUUUGCCCUGGUUGAGACCGCAUGUCCCAGAGGUGCCACGAAUGCUUUUGUGGCCUGCAUGCCUCACUGUCCAGACAGAGCUCAUCACGCCUUUUGUCAAACCUUCUAUUACAACUUGUACAGACAAGUGGGAGAACUUGAGUGUGAAUUAUAUCUACCAAAAAAUCCAGGCCCCCAUCCGACUGAUGUGCCACAGCCUGUGUGCAAGCCGUUGUUCCACCAAAGUCCAGAAGCUUGUGUUUGCAAGGCGCGGCUGAACUACCCCGAUCAGACGCUCCACCACAUUUGUCCAUUCCCGCUUAAGUGAUGUCAGUGCUUGUCAACUCAUUGUAAUAAAAAGUACUUUGCUUUCA